GUUUGCACACACACACAGAGAGAACAAGCGAAGCGAGCCUACUACUCGCCACAUCUAUAAAAACUGACUUUAAUAGUUUAUAUAUAGCUCUGCUCAUAAUUCAAUUGCAGUCGCCGCUAUAAAUUCAAUUAAAAAAGUCAUUUCACGUGCAAAACCAACAGCAACUGAAACAAAAUAAAAACCACUUGCUAAGCGGAAAUAGCAAACAUAGUUGCCAGUUAAGUUUUUAAUACAAUAACUAAAACAGUACCGCAAACAGCUCAAGCCAAAAAUGGUGCAAGGAGCUUCGGAUUACAGUCUGGGAGUGCUGUUGCUUAUACUGGUGAGCAGUCAAGGUGCUAGCAUUGCCAGUGGCAGCAACAAUGCCGAGCUGGCUGCCAAUGGGCUGAGCGAUCAGGUGGUGGAGCAGCUAAGUGGCGAGAAUGAGAUGAGCAAGCGCGCUUGGAAUUCGUUGCAGAGCGGUUGGGGUAAGCGUGGCGGCAACAACGAUCCCAACGUCAUCGAUGUGGACGAUGAGGAUGGCAUUUAUAUGACGGGACACUUUGUGCCGCUGGUUAUAACAGAUGGCACCAAUACAAUAGAUUGGAAUACAUUUGAACGUUUGGCAAAUGCGCGCUCGGCAGAGCAGCAAUCGAAUGAGCAGAGAUCAGAGGAUUUAGAUGAGCAGAAUGAUGUGGAGAAACGCUCCUGGAAGAACUCGAAUGUAGCCUGGGGUAAGCGACGACAAUCGCAGGGCUGGAAUAAGUUUCGUGGCGCAUGGGGCAAGCGUGAGCCAACCUGGAACAAUCUGAAGGGCAUGUGGGGCAAGCGUGAUCAGUGGCAAAAGUUGCACGCCGGCUGGGGCAAGCGAUCGAAUUAAAUUUAUGCGGCAAACAAAACCCACAGUCAACCAGGCCAAGCUUAAAUGCAAGAGUACACACACUAAUACACACACACACACACUAACAUACAUGCAUAUAUUAAAUACUAUAACUAAGUAGCUGCAAAAAUUUCUAGCAUUGCAAGCAAAACUUCUCGCUGAAGUCAAUUCCGAAAAUGUAUGAAAGCGCUCGCCACUCUAUAAAUAUUCAAAACAUAUAUAUAUGCUAUAUAUAUAGCACGCAUAUGUACUUGUAUUUAUGUAUAACUAAAAUGACAGUAUUAUAAUCAAACAAAAAUGUAACAUUAUUUAUUGCUCUUAUACUAUUAGCAGCUACUCGUGUCUGGCAACUAGAAAUUCUUAACUUAGUUAAUUGGAAUUGUGCAUAUUUUUUAAAUACGUAUACGUAACUUAAUGGCAAUUAUAUAUG